AUGGCCUGGAAUUUUCUAACAGGUCUUUUUGAUGGGAAUAGAACCAAAGGUGUUACUUUCUAUGAAGAUAAAUUACCUUCUCCGCCUUCCGGCGGAGGAUUAGUUCCUCCUCCAGAACCACCUAAAAAUCUUAAAGGGAAAUCAUUUGAUACUACUAAUUUUGAAUUUAAAGGUUUUACACCUCCUCCUAAAUCUGACAAUACGAAUUAUGAUUCUAAAGAUUAUUCUGAAUUCUUAUUAACGGAUAAUUCUAAAAAUUUGUAUAAUAAGCCUAUGGAAAUAGUUGAUAGAAUAUUUAAGAGUCCUAGAGCUAAGAAUUGUUAUGAGAGUAUAAAGUUAGGCUGGAAAAUGGGUGGAGCUGUUGGUGGUAUUUUUGGUACUCUAACUGGUGUUUAUGCCGCAGUUCGACAUCGCAGUUUUAUUAUUAUUCCAAUCUCUACUAUUGGAGGUGCUGUUAGUUUUGGAUUCUUUUUGGGUAAUUUCAUGAAAAUAUUAUAA